AUGCGUUUGCCGACACCAUUGAUUUUACUUAUUGGGCUAACAGUGCCCGCCAGUGCUCAAUUUGGUGAGAUUGCCUCACUAGCGACGUCUUUAUUGGGAGGAGCAUUAGGGAAUGCUGGAGGACUUGGAGCUUUGGCUGGCGCUGGAGCGGGAGCUGCUGGAGCUGCUGGACAAGCUGGAGGGGCUCUAGCUCAAAUCGGACAAUUGUACCAAUUGGCGCAGGGAGCACUUCAGUUGACAGGAACUGGUGUCGGGGUUUUGAAUCAAGCAUCUGAAGGAAAUUGGUUUCCAGCAGUUUUAGAACAAGCUGCCAAGAAUCACCAAUCGUUGAUGAAACCAGGAGGUGGAAAUGGACUUAAUUUAGGUGCUCUUGGCCCGAAACCAGGUGGUGGAAAUUCCAUUGGACCAGAGUUCGGAACGAGUUUCCCUGCUCCAGAUAUUGAUGACUAUGAUGAGAACGCUAACAUUCCUGGAAUUUCCGGUGGAAAAUCUGCGCCGAAACCGCCAGAUGGCUUAAUCGACAUUGAUUCUGGAGAUUAUGAAAUUGACUCGACAACUGUUUCUACAACCACCGAAGAAAGCACUACGGAAACUGCGACGCUAUUCCCGACCGAUGAAGAAGAAGAAUCUUCCACAGAAUUCAAAAUUACAACGCCACCUGCGCGCCAAAUCCACAUCCAGUUGCCCGAUAAAAACGCGCCAGUUUCGACGAAAAUCGAAACCGACGAAGAGGAUUACGAAGAUUUGAUUAAAAAGGAUCACACUGACGGCAAACCUGAAAUUGUGAAACCCGAAAUCGAUGCGGAAAGCGAGCAAUUGAAGACGAACGUGAUUGCCACGCAUGGAGCAAAGACGCAGCCAAUUGUGCCAAAACUUGACAAACUGUUGGAGGUCUUGCAGAAGAGCAAGUUAUCCAAGCAAGAAAUUGAUGAGAUUGUCUCACAGGUUGAAAGCAACAAGAGAAUCGAGAAGCCGCCAAAGUAUGACUUCAAUUCGGCUGUUCAAAAUAUUCCCGAUAAGAAGAAUAAAAUUCGCGAGAAGAUUACUGUAGCCUCGCGCGCUAUUAGCGAACGUCUCGAAACCGAGCGCAACGCGAAUAGCAAAACAAUCGAGACGACCGUGAAUCAGUUGAAAGUGGUGCCCGAUUUUGCGCAAACUACUCAGACACCGGUUUCAAGCACUCAAAGUGUCGCUCACGUAAGUAGUCGACACGUGCCGCAAACACGAUCCGCAACACCAUUACCGGCGCCGCCUGUCGCGGUCGCAACCAAUUUGAAUCAAGUGCCAACGAUUGUGCAGAAGAAUGUUGCUCCGCAAUAUCCAGCAUAUAACCAACAAUAUCAGCAAUUCCGCCAACAAGCUUACCAACACCCGUAUUAUUAUUAUAACCAGGCGCCCUAUUAUGGUCAACAAACGCAGAAUUAUUGGGGCCAACAAAACAAUUACCAACAGCAAGUGCAACAAUCGCAACAAGUCCAGCAGGGACAAUAUUAUAAUCAACAGCAAUUCUCUGGUCAGCCGUACACGGCUCAGCCAUAUUAUCAGCAAUAUCAGGGACCAGCUGCUCAGACAACUCAGCAGCAUUUGCCACAGCAACUGCCACCGAAGCCAGUACAACAGCCAGCUCAAGUAGCUCAAUCACAGUACCAACAGCCUAGCAGAGUUCCGGUCAAUGCUCCGACUCUACAGCAACAGACUGUUUCGCAAUAUCCAGUGCAGCAACGCGCUGCUCCUCAAUUACAGGUUGUCAAAUCGGAUACUAACCAUGUAGUUCACUAUUAUCACAAUGGGAAGGUGGUGGUCCAGCAACUAAUUCCUAAAUCAAUUGCCGUCACGGGAAGUUUCCCAAUAAACGGUCCGUUUCAGUCGAACUCCGUUGGUUCAGUGACACCGCCAAAUCCGCAGGAAUACGCUAGAACUCAAAGAGCAUUGCAACAGGCUUAUCAGCAACCGCAGACACGAUCAAUUAGUGCGCAAGCCAUUCAACAACAGCAACAAAGACCAGUGGCAGCUCCAGCGAAAGCAGUUUAUAAGCCACAAGUGCCAGGACCAACUCAUAAGGUGGCACAAACCGGUGCAAAUUUGAGAAAUUCCGUCCUCCAACCACCAAGUCGCGUUCACACCAAGGUUUAUGAGAAAACUAUUGUUGCUUCAUCUAAUCGGCAAGCGCAUGCUAUUAGAACAUUCCAAGCGAGCCAGCCUGAAGGAAAACCGGCACCAGCUAAACAAGUGAUCUCAGUGCCAAGACAAUCAUCGGCUGCUGUUCGCAGUUCGGGGCGAACGAAUAACAAAACGUCUGGCAAACCUGUUCCGAGAAUCAGCGGGCAUGUUCUACCAGGACCAACCAUAGAUAAUAGAAGCUUAUUGGAAAAGCGCACAACUGCGAAGCCAAGAACCGUGUAA